UCCAACUGCUUAGCAAUACCAGAAGAAGAAGUGUGUCAUCACCGGUGGAGCUAAAAGGAAAACUGUGAAUGGCUUCAAAAUAGGCUGGAAUGCGAAAUGAGACAUAUACGCUUUAUCGGGCGUUGCGUUUUUUCCAUGUGACAUCCAAAGGGACUGGGCAGUAAAGGGAGAAGAAGGGGACAAAAGAUGUCGGACGUUGAAGGCGCUGACAGUUCAGAGCAGCUGAAUAAAUUUGAGAAAUUGACAGGCAGGCCGCCGCGCGGACCGAUGUUAGCAGGUCCUCGAACUCCUCCCGCCCGCAGCGGCCAUCGCUGCGUCGCUGACAACACUAACCUGUACGUGUUUGGGGGUUACAACCCGGACUAUGAAGAGUCGGGAGGCUCCGAAAACGAAGACUACCCGCUGUUCAGGGAGCUUUGGCGGUACCACUUUGCCACGGGCUGCUGGCAGCAGAUUCGAACCGAGGGUUACAUGCCCACAGAGCUGGCGUCUAUGUCAGCUGUUUUACACGGCAACAACCUUCUGGUGUUCGGCGGCACUGGGAUUCCCUUCGGGGAGAAUAACGGCAACGAUGUCCACGUUUGUAACGUGAAGUACAAGCGGUGGUCGCUGCUCAACUGUCGAGGGAAGAAGCCAAACCGGAUAUAUGGACAGGCGAUGGUCAUUAUAAAUGGCUUCCUGUACGUGUUUGGCGGAACGACAGGUUACAUCUACAGCACAGACCUGCACAGACUAGAUCUGACCACCAGGGAAUGGAUCCACCUCAAGCCCAACAACCCGCCUGACGACCUGCCGGAGGAAAGAUACAGGCAUGAAAUAGCACAUGACGGACAGAGGAUUUAUAUUCUGGGAGGUGGGACUUCCUGGACGUCGUACCCUCUAGAUAAGAUACAUGCUUAUAACCUGGAGACAAACUCUUGGGAGGAGAUCACAACUAAACCUCAUGAGAAAAUAGGAUAUCCUGCUCCUCGACGAUGCCAUAGCUGUGUGCAGAUACGCAACGAUGUAUUUAUUUGUGGAGGCUACAACGGGGAGUUGAUACUAGCCGAUCUGUGGAAACUAAACCUGCAAACCUUCCAGUGGAGUAAGCUACCAGCAGAGAUGCCUGAGCCAGCCUACUUUCACUGUGCUGCUGUAACCCCUGCCGGCUGCAUGUACAUUCACGGAGGCGUGGUGAACAUCCACGAGAACAAGAGGACUGGCUCUCUGUUUAAGAUCUGGCUGACUGUUCCCAGCCUGCUGGAGCUGUGCUGGGAGAAGCUUCUCAAAGCCUUCCCCCACCUGACUUCUCUCCCCACCUUUCACCUGUACAACCUGGGCCUCACGGAGGAGCUCGUAGACCGUGUCAAGUAGGCGCAGAGGAACGGGAGAAUUUUCCCAGCAGGACUCUGGACGAUGUCUGAUGUAGCCCCCCCCCCCGCCUUAAAGCCAAAAACAAUGGGAUGCCUUUUUUUUUUUUUUUCUUUUUUAAGUUCCCAUAUUUUUUUUAUUUUUUUUUUUUUUUUUUUGUAGAUACAGUGAUGAGUGUCAAUAUUUUUUUUGGAAUGUUUCAUGGAUUUUACUCUAAUCCCUGUGCCAUCACUACAUCCGUACAGCGUUUGGAUUCUGGACGUCCGCUUCCGACAAACUGACAAGUUGUAAAACGAUACAAAAACUAUAUUUUGCCAUGUGAAAAGUCAGAUGCUAUUUACUCUCACUUCUGCAAAUCCUCCAGAUAUUUUAUAAAUUCAGAGUGAAGGGAAUAAUGGAUGUAUAUUUAUUUCAAGGACUUGAUCACUUUUUGCUGGAAUCCCUCACCCCAUCAUGAACUGAUAUUGCUCUUUGCACAUUUUCUCUUCUCUGAUGUUCUCGUUGAUAAUUUUCUCAUUUAAUAGAUCCUUUAUUCAUCUGUGGCUAGUUAUUUCAGUCUAAAGAGGGUGACACAUCGGUUUGCCAAUUUCUCACAGUUACACUGACACCAUACAGCUCUUAUUGUCCUUUCCCCUGAGGGGACCUUCUCCGCUCCAAGUUGUCAGAUGAAGUAAUAGUCGUGCAAGUUUCAGCACUCGAGUUAUCUUGCCAAUUUGCACGGACAGACAAACAAAGCUUUUAUCUCGCCUUCGGAAACGUUAUGAAAUGUUUUAGAUCAUUUGUGGUCAAAUUGCCUAAAACUUGUGCAGACCCUGGGUCUUCAUUGCCAUGACGAGAACAUUUUCCAAUUUUUUUUUCGCCCUGCCCCCCCCCCCCCCCCCCGACGUUAUUUUACGGCGUAAACGUAAAACGAAGGAGAAUACUUGGGUUAUUUCCCCGAUUGUGUCGACUCCUAGCUUUAUUUGUGAAACCGCACCUCACUGUGAAUCGGGUGCUGUUUAAAUCUUAAGCUUUUCGUUCGAUGACGCUUUUUACCUUCUGUUGAAGACGAUGGCUUUGCACUGAGAGCUGCUUCAGUAGCACAGUCGUUGAUCCUGCAGUGCCUUUUUCUGAGAUGCAUGUUUAACCCCUUCGGAUAUUCCAGUCGGUGCAUACACGUGCUCAUUUUUAAACUUUCCCCUGUAAUAACCAGAUCAGUAACUCCUAAAUCGACUGCAGCACGUUCUCCUAAAAGAAUUCUUGACACUUAAUGUUUUAAAGACACCAAAUAUUGUUUCACUUUGAGAUCUUUGGUUUGCCCCCCACCCCUACCAGUGCAUGAAUUCUCUUAUUUUAAACUUCUGCACCGUUUUCCCAGAUUCUUUAAUGCAUGAUGCCUGUACCUGCUUUUCAAAUGAGGGAAGAAAAAAAAAAUAUCUUCUAAAAAUAUGCUUUACAGGUUUCCUGGAAAAAAAAAGUUGUACAGUCUGAUUUUAUGAACCUUGUCAAUAAAAGUAUUGUCC